CUUUUUUUAGUGUUGCUGACGGGAUGCUAUUCUCCACCAUGAAUAAGUCUAAUCGGUUUCGGAUGGGCAGUUUUAAAAUAUUUGAUUUAAUGUUGAAUCAGCGAAACAUUCAUGAAUUAACAUGUCGGUUUGCUGCUGUUCUUCUUUUAACCUGCCAGUGUCUGGCAGACGAUGGAUACGAGAUGGAUGACUUUUUGAAAAGGGAGUACUCUCUUACCAAACCAUACCAAGGGUUGGGCUCCUCCAGUUCCUCUUAUUGGGACCUGAUGGGCAAUGCCAUGAUCACCACUGACCAUGUGCGACUGACCCCUGACUUGCAGAGCAGACAAGGAGCAGUGUGGAGCCGUGUUCCCUGUUUCCUGCGGGACUGGGAGCUGCAGGUGCACUUUAAGAUCCACGGCCACGGGAAGAAGAACCUGAAUGGAGAUGGAAUGGCUCUGUGGUAUACCAAAGAACGCAUGCAGACUGGUCCUGUGUUUGGAAACAUGAACCUCUUCACUGGCCUUGGAGUGUUUGUGGACACCUACCCCAAUGAAAAUAAGAACCAUGAGAAGAAGUACAAUCCUUCGACUCAGAGGGUCUUUCCAUACGUUUCUGGGAUGGUGGGGAACGGGACUCUUGCUUAUGAGCACGAUCGUGAUGGCCAGUCCACAGAGCUUGGCGGGUGCACAGCCCUGGUGCGCAACAUCCCCCAUGACACCUUCCUCCUCAUCAGAUACAUCAAAAACCGACUGACGAUACAGAUAGACGUUGACGGUAAACAGGAGUGGCAGGACUGUCUGGACCUUCCAGGGGUACGUCUACCUCGGGGCUACUUCUUUGGAGCCUCCUCUGUUACUGGAGACCUGUCAGACAACCAUGAUCUCAUCUCUAUGAAGCUGUACCAGCUGACUGUGGAGCGUACUCCGGAGGAAGAGGAGGAGGAAGAGCUCAUCCCCAGUGUUGAUAACUUUGAGCACUUGAACAAAGUGGAGGUGCAAGAAGAGGGGAUGAGUGGAGUCCAGCUCUUCUUCACCAUAGUCUUCUCUGUCAUUGGUAUCUUUGUACUGGGGGUGGUGGCAGUGGUCAUGUAUGGGCGCUGGAAGGAGAACAGCCGCAAACGCUUCUACUGAGAGGGAGAGCUGGGUAGUCUACGGUUCCAUCCCAAAUGGCACCCUAUUCUCUUUAUAGUGCACUACUUUUGACUAGGGGUCUAGUCAAAAGGUGUGCUCUCUGUAGGGAAUAGGAUGCCAUUUGGGAUGUCGUCUGAGGGAUGCUCUAUGUGAAGGAGCACAAAUGAGGAUGUAGAUUUUUAAACAUACAACGAACAUGCUGUCUGCCAUACAUAGCUUUACUACAUAACAAUUCCCUUACCUCAAUAAUACUUCAACUGCGACAAAUUAACCGUUCUCGGACCAUCUCGGGCCAAAUAAAUCAAACGUGACCCUUUUUUUUAAUCACUUUUUUUUUUAAUACUGUGAGAUUAAUCUUUUUUUGUCUUUUGUUUCACCUUAGUGUUUCACGUAGGAGGCCAUGACCUGUGAAUUGCUGACACUGUCAUCAGCAGACUGCACUCACUUAUAUGCAGUGUGCAUGAUGGCUUCCAGCCUUUCUGUCAUGUUCUGCCGUUGAGACUUCCGAAUUGUUUGCACUGACAUGAAAUGCCUGUGAGAAGACUUAUAUUGAGCUGCCAUAAUAACUAAGUAAUGAGAGAGAGAAUUGUUCUCAACAAAAGUACCUAGCUCGGGCCAGUUUAAGACCAGGGCCUUCAAGAUCGUAAUGAAUCAAAUUUUAUUGCUGGGGGAACUGAUCUGAGUUCAGCAGUCCUACUCUGAGAUGUUUUCUUGAAUAUGGGCCCAGGUAUCGCAAUGUACAUGCUAAUCCUCUAGUUCUAUAUUUUGGUUCAUGAGCUAACAUUUGGCUCUUGGUUCUGUAUUUCUGUGCUGUAACUACCAUUUACCUACAGUUGAAGUCGGAAGUUGACAUACACUUAGGUUGAAGUCAUUAAAACUAUUUUUUUAACCACUAUA